AUGGCAAGUUCUGACCCUGUGGGGAGCAAAAAAGACCCAACUUGGAAUUAUGCUUUUCCAUAUCAAGGCCAAACUAAAGGUACAGUAUGCAAGUUUUGUAAUACGGUCAUAAAGAGUGGUGGUAUCACUCGAUUUAAGUUCCACUUAACUGGAUUAGAUCCUGCCAAGAAUACACGAGUUUGUGAUAAGGUGCCACCAGAAGUUCAAAAAUUAGUAAAAGAAUGGAUGAGGAGAAAAUGUACUGCAAAAUAUCAAAAGGAUUCAAUAAUCCGUGAUACUCGAGAAGAAUUGCGAUCAGGGUUAUCACAACAAUUGAACUCUGAAGAUGAAGAUGAAGGUUUUGUAGGGCAGCAUGAUGUAGAUCCCCGUGAUUAUAAAGCUGCUAUGAGAGCAUCAAGACAAUCAGAAUGGGAAAGGGAGCAAGGUAUAAGUAGAGGUGUUUCAGGGCCUGGAGGGACAAGUCGAAGCCAACCAAAAUUUGAUAGAACAAAAAGUGUACGACAAGAGCAUAGAGACCAACCUCAAGCUUCAUUCCCACAGUCACUCUAUAAAUCCAAUGCUGCAAAACAAAAGAGUAUCAUUGACUCCAUGUCAAUGGGAAGCCUCAAGGAGAAGCUUGGUCGAGUAUGUGGGAAGUUUUUCAUAUAUACCAAUGUCCCUGCGUACAAAGCGGAAUCUCAUGAGUACAAAAACAUGAUAAUUGGAGCACAAGAGUGUCCAAAUGUUCCUCCGCCAAGUUCGUUUCAGAUAAUGAACAAAUAUUUGGCCAUGGAACAUCAGGAAAUAACUGAAUAUAUAAAUAGCCAAAGAAAAAUGUGGAAAACAUAUGGCUGCACCAUAAUGGCUGAUGGGUGGUCCGGUCCAACAAGAAUGCAAGUUAUCAACUUCAUGGUUUACUGUAAGGGUAAGACUGUGUUUUUGAAGUCUGUCAAUGCAUCAAGUGAUAUAAGGGAGCACAAAUACCUUGCCAAGCUAUUUAAAGAUGUCAUUGAUGAAGUGGGGAAGGAGAAUGUGGUUCAAAUAUGUACCGAUAAUGGCUCAGCAUUUGUGAAGGCUGGUAAAACAUUAUCGGAACGUUAUAACUUCUAUUGGACUCCAUGUACUGCACACUGCAUCGACUUAAUGUUUGAAGAUAUUGGUAAAAAGAAAAAGGUAAGUGAUGUGAUUACUAUUGCUAGACUCGUGACUGUAUAUAUCUACAAUCACGGAUGGGUGCUUGCUCUUAUGAGAAAAAUAUGUAAUGGUGAUUUGAUUUGA